CGUGCCAGUCCACGGCCAGACCAGAAGAACAACCCUGCCCACAAAACCUUAAAAAGACUGCCGCGUCAAUGUAAGGUACAUGCACUCUACCUUGCGUUAUCAAUUUAGCAUUUGUGGUAUUUGAGCGGGGUGUCACUUAAGAAAUAGACGCCAGAACACGUGCUCAACAGUUUUUAUAUCUGUCUGACAAAGCACGCAAGCCACCACCGAAAACCCAACUUUGGAAGAGACCGGCUUUAGCUGGAGCUGGACAUAGAACCCAACCUUAGGAGAGAUCGGUUUUACCUGCACAUAGAACCAUGGCGCGUCAACGCCGUCAAAAGGACGUAUCGUCGUCAGACAUCCCACUCGCCCAUCCGGACAAAUCCGGCCCUGGCCCCAGUAGGCAGACUCUUCUCGAUCUAGCCGCUCAGCGAGGACUGCUCGACAUUGAGACUGAGAAUCGGAAGCCCGGAAAGCUCCCAGCUGGGUCGGUUCCUCUACGGGAUGAACAGCCUAUAAUAGGGCGCUUUGGGGAAGCUGUGUUAUGGAGCUCGAGCCUCGCGAUGCUCCAUUUUACCCUUGAUGUGCUCACUCAGCAUCAAUACGCUGAAGUGCUGUCCUGGCCGCGUGUCAUCACGCAAUCGCUGCAGGCCUUUGGCGUCAUACUUGUAUUCUUUUACGCGUUACACCCGCACUCGGUUCCGGCGGCCUACUUUCCCCGCAUCCCGUCACUCCUUCACCAAAUUCUCUUCUUCGCAAGCAGUGUUGGGAGUGGCUGCUAUCUGAUCCACAUCACCAACGAAUACAGCUACUACGCCGUCUUAAAGCAGGCUCCGCCGUUAGGCGUGAUAUGGAUUUGGUCAGUCAUCGAGCUCGAUCUGCUAUGGGCAGUGGGAAGUUUACUGGGUUGCCUAGCCUACUUGUGGCUGGGAGGAUACUCUUUUAUGUAAUAUUAUAUAGAGCAACGCAAUAUAGAGAGAAUCUCUGUUCAGUCCUUCUUGCAAAAAGGAGAGGCCGGGAAAAGGAAAGGCCGGGGUAAUAGUUGUCCGUGCGAUCACCUGAGUGUCACGGGUAGGUCCGCCGGGCUGAGGCGGCGAGGCGUCACCGGCUCGGGUCACUGGCUCCGGUCCGCGGUCGGGGCCAAUCAGGGUAAGAAGGUUAAUGCUCACAGUGAUACGAGAUGUGAGACACGUAUAUAUACACUAUAAUCGAAGC